AGUGAUGGAGAGACAGAAUGAGACAUGCAGUGAUGGAGAGAGCUCUCCCAAGGUCAGGUCUGAUUACUCCAGCUGUGACUGUGUGUGUUGCUCUCACCUCCUCCUGUAUCUCCUCCUCUUCCUCCCUCCUCCCGUCUCCCUUCCAUCUUCCCUGGGAAUCUCUCCCAUCCUCCGGCUCCUGCAGCAUCCUUCCCUCUGAUCCCUCCUGUCCCUGUCCCCUUCCCUCCUGUCCCUGCACCGCUCCAUCUGUGUCCUGUGUGUGUAUGUGUAAUGUGUGUGUCAUAGUGUGUACGUGUCAUGUAACAUUUACCAUUGGGUAACACUGCAUUGUACCAUUGUGUGUGUGUGUGUGUGUAUGUGUGUGUGUGUCUGUUUGUGUGUGUGCGUGUGUGUGUGUGUGUGUGUGUGUGCGUGUGCCAGGUAUGUGCAGAGGGCUCCUGGCUUGUGCACAUGUGUGUAGUGUAUACAUGUAAUGUCCGGAGGAUACAGAUGUGAGAGGCCCUGAGAGUGUGGGGGCUUCUUGCUGUGGGUGGGGGGUAAUGACUCUCAUUCUGGUACCUCUCCCCUCACUGUUCUGCCCCUGGACAGGGUACUUUGCCUGCCUGAUUGGCCAUGUCCCCCCCUGCAUCGGGUGCCAGUGAAAGCAGCACAGGGUCAGUACCUCAGGAGGAGACAGAUGCUGUGCGGGAGCUGCAAAGACCAGUGAAGCAGUCGUUCAGCAAGUCACUGUGCCGUGAGUCUCACUGGAAAUGUCUCCUGCUGUCUCUCCUCAUCUAUGGCUGCAUGGGUGCUAUGACCUGGUGCCACGUUACCAAAGUCACCCGACUGACCUUUGACAGCGCCUAUAAAGGAAACUCCAUGAUGUACCAUGACAGCCCUUGCUCCAACGGCUAUAUCUACAUCCCCCUGGCCUUUCUCCUCAUGCUGUAUGUGGUGUACCUGGUGGAGUGCUGGCAUUGCUACACGCGGAAUGAGCUGCAGUAUAAAGUGGACCUGGAGAGUGUGCAGGAACGGGUACAGAGGAUGCAACAGGCCACGCCAUGCAUCUGGUGGAAGGCCAUCAGCUAUCACUAUGUACGUAGGACUCGACAGGUGACGCGUUACCGAAAUGGGGAUGCCUACACAACGACCCAGGUAUAUCACGAGCGCGUCAAUACUCAUGUUGCAGAAUCUGAAUUUGACUACACCAACUGUGGCGUUAAGGACGUCUCUAAAGACCUGACUGACCUUGAUAGCUAUCCCGUUACGCGGCUAAGGUUCACCAAGUGCUUCAGUUUUGCCAAUGUGGAGUCUGAGAACUCGUACCUUACACAGAGGGCACGGUUCUUCACAGAGAAUGAGGGCCUGGAUGACUACAUGGAAGCUCGAGAGGGAAUGCACCUGAAAAAUGUGGACUUCAAAGAAUACAUGGUAGCAUUUUCUGACCCAGACAACCUUCCCUGGUAUGUGUCCCACUAUAUUUUUUGGGUAGCUGGUCUCCUAACACUGUCCUGGCCCCUAAGGGUUCUGAAUGAGUACCGCACUUCAUGUGUCCACUACCAUGUGGAGAAGCUCUUUGGCUUUGACUUUACACCCGUGACACCAGCCGAUGACCGGACCUUGUGCCGGAGAAUGCCACGGGUUAACACCAUUGACAGCACAGAGCUGGAGUGGCAUAUACGGUCUAACCAGCAGCUGGUACCAAGUUACUCUGAAGCCGUCCUGAUGGAUCUGGUGGGCAUCUCCACGGGUUACACAACCUGCCGGUAUACCAGGGGUUAUCGUCAGAACUGUGAUAGAUGCCACCAUACUAUCAGCAGCUCAUCCAUCUUCUCCCGUAGUGCCCUCAGUAUCUGUAAUGGCAGUCCCAGAAUUCCUUUCAGCAGCAGCCGCUUCUCCCUGUCACGUCUGUACGGAUCUCGGCGCAGCUGCCUGUGGCAGAGUCGCAGUGAAAGCCUCAAUGAGCAGGGGGGCCCUACAGAGCAGACACGGCUGUCCAGUCAGGUCACAGUGGAAGAGGAGGAACCCCCUCCAUACCAGGAUGCUCUCUAUUUCCCCAUCCUCAUCGUCCAUCGCAACGAAGGCUGCACAAACCAUGACCACCGGCGUCUCCACCGCAAUGGGUCUUGUGUAGAAACGUCACUGUGAUACCUCCUGGAACUUUGUAAACAUCUAGAAUGUCCCUUUGUUUUCAACACAUCACAAGUCCAGAAGAUGAGAUUGAUGUGAUGGUCGUGGUCCGUGCAGUAACAAGCAAGAUUAAUGUAUAAGUGGGCCACCAUCGAUGCCAUCCUUGAAGCACAUGUGUUAAAAACCACAAACAAAUGGAUCCCUAGACGAUGUACAAUAAGCUAAAACACAUGGAUCCAACAAUGGUAUAACAUAGGAACGCUGAGACCCAUGGAGCCUUGAGGACAUUAAGAGACUUGGAUGGAUUGAGCCAUAACAGAUCUGUGCAAUGUCCACGGAGAUGAACAAUAGGUAAGGGCUACAUGGAACAGGACAGAUGUGACCAAAAUCCUGGACAGUUCCUGCAUCUCUGAACUCCAGUAAUAUUUCAUCCUGAUCUUUAAUACAACCUUAAUCAGGGAUUACAUGUGAGGUACCAAGUGGACCACUGCAGGACUGGCGCAUAUAAUUAGGCAAUAGUUCAUACAUUGAUCAGCACUGUCCACCCCUUCAUAGCUCAUCUCUCACAGUGUUUUGUUCUCGGGACAAGUCCACCCACAGUGGUCAAUGGUGGACAGUAUAUAAGAACAGUAUUUGGCACUGCUGGUAUUGGGGUCAGGGACUGUGAGGGACCACACUGAAGGAAGUGUUCAAUUGAUCACUGAAUGACCUGCAACCAAGUCCCAGUGAGAUUCCUGUCCACACUAUGGACCUCCUCACUCUCACUGCUCUCUUGCGUUUCAUUAUCGUUAGACACAACGCAUUUCUUAUUUAUCCUCACUCCUCAAGGAAAAGCAUCAACUCUACGUAUAUCCAGCAUGGAGAUUUUCAGGUUGUAUAUACACAGAAGCUGAAGAUUACUUCUCACCUUUUCAAACAUCUUAAAAUGAGCUUUUUAUUGCAUGUCACAUUUCUCUACAGUUGUUUAUGUAACACCCGAGAUGGGCACAAAUGUACAUGUGUGUUCCCUGAUCCCGGAAGCAGCAGUACAUUCAGAUAUCUUUGCUAACAAAAUCUGUUGCCUUAUCCCUUGCACUCGCAAAUGGGGCUGUAAUAAUUGGCAAAGUCCUGUCCUGCAGCCCCAGGUGUCAGAGUGAGGGUAUAGGGGGAAUAUUUAGAGAGGUACAGUUACAGGUAGAGAGUAUGAGAUAGGUGUGUGACUAGUGUGAUACUGGUAUAGUCACUGGCUGUGAGACAGUAGCCCUUCUCCAGGGUUUUAAGUAGGUAGUGCCCCCUGGUGCUGUCAUGGAUAAAAGAACGUUACGUUCUUAGAAUCUCACAUAAGUCUCCACAGAAUUUCUGGUAAUAAAAUGUGUUAUUUAUUUAUUUAUUUAUUUAUUUAUAUUUAAACAGGAAUAAAGCAGGAGAAACAAUACAAUAAUAGCACAAAAAAAGAAAUGGAGCAAGUUACUUCCAGUACCGAACUGAUGUAGCAGGGGGUGUUUACAUCACAUGCAAAGGACUACGCACAUUUUGGAGACAUUACGUUCAUAUAUUGCUUGGCUAUGGGCCUAAUUCACAGAUGUACACAAAUGACUUCGCAGCUGCGAUCCCGUAUGCUGUAGGAAAAUACAAAAAUGUCGUAGCCACCAGGAUUUAAAUUCAAUGCUCACUGGAAGCGUCUGAGAGCCGCCACUUGUGUAAGAAGAUGCAGACAUCUGAUGCAAAUUGAUUGAUGACCUAUGGUCGCACAGCGUAGCUGUCAGAAGUAAAACGCCGGAGACAUUGUAACUACGUAUGGCAUCGCAGUCACAUGCUGACACGCCCCUAAAAUGGUCAUGACAUGCCUAUGUUUUAUUCACCACUCCCACGAAUGCUCUCUGACUGUCAAUCACUUUGCCAAUAAAUCCUCACUGCGACCUCUGUUCCAAGACCAUUGCGGCACACGCACAGUGCGACUUAGGCGCCCACACAGUGGCACAAAACGCUCCACUGCGUACAUCGACAUUGUGUCCAUCUCUGAAUCAGGCCCAUAGUCUAUGCAGGCUUUAUAUAAAAUGGAAAAGUCUAUAACGUGAGAGGAAUCAGUCAUAUAAAGGUCAAAUAGAGGCAAUCAGCAAAACGCAUCCCCAUGCACACCAUUUUUUUCUGCAUGCACGGGGGUGUGAAUAGUUCUGCAACACACUGUUAUCUAUGACUUUAUGCUAAUGCCAGUAUCAGCCCUAAUGCCAGCGUACAGCCGUACACCUGAAUGCGGAAUGACUGGGGCGCCCACUCUGUGUGGCUGCUGUCACAACCAUCAGAAGCACCAUCUGGACAGGCACCAGCCCCAUGUUAGGUGCAGUAUCUCCGCCAGAGUAUGGCACCAAUGAACACGACUGGAGGCCUUACCACUCCUACGACACGCACACAACUCGCCCAUCGGGGGAAGAGCUUUGUGCAUCUGCAUAGCCACCUCCCAGUCAGCGCGGCUCAAUCAGUCCUGCGACUCUGGGCGCAAACCGGAUGGAGCGCAUGCUCUGUAUGUUUUGGGGAUUUUAACACAAGCGCAGUUGCAAAAAAUUGCUAACACUGGCAUUAAGUCUGACUUAGAAUGACCUCUUUUUGUCUGUGAUGGAUGGAUGCCCUCCUACCAGAAGUGACUGGCGGUAAUGAACCUGUCCUAUGAUGUCUGAGUUAGGCCACUGACUAUAUACCAGUAUCACACUAGUGUACUAUGCCUUCCUGUCCUACCUAUACUUGCAGUAUAUAAGGUUCUCUUACCAUCACUAAUAUGACAAGCUGCAGGGGAUUGUGGGUAAUGGCUCCUUUAGCUGUACAGGGUACAAGUUACUAUAGUACAUAGGGACAUUCAGACUCAUACCCAGAGUAAUGUGUUCAGUAUGUGACUUUGCUGGUAGUUUAUUCUGAUGAAGCAUGCACUAGCCGAAUGUAAGAUACAGGGGUACCAGGAGUCAUUACUACAGUGCAGUAUAAGCGCUUUUAUAUAGAACUCUGAGGUAACUGGCCACUAUUACAUUUAGAAAUUGCAUAUAUUAUCUGUAGUAAUGCACAAGCCCUGGAUAAACAUCACACGGAAUGACCAGAGAGUGCUGGGGAAGCAACAUAAUCAGUGUUGAGUGUACUGUAUAUUGACGCAGAACUACUUGCGUGUUAUAAUGUAUCAUAUCCUACAUUUACAUAGUAGUAUGGAGAGAGACAUCUACAGCAUCUCCCAGCUUUGUCACUGUGUCAUAAUGUUACAGCAGCGAUAGUAGGACUGACAUAGCCCUCAGAUCUCCUCAGAUAUCACGCAGUAUAUCACAGAUAUAUAGGGGUCUAUUCAUGAAGCAGUGAAAAGUGUGGAGUUGUGAGCCAAUGGAGAAGUUGCCCAUGGCAACCAAUCAGCUGCUACCUAUAAUUUUAUAGAAUGUACUUUAUAAAUGUUACUUCAACACUGAUUGGCUGCCGUGGGCAACGUUUCCACUGGCUCACCUCUCCACACUUUUCACUGCUUCCUGAAUAGACGCCAUAGUUGGGGGAGGAAGGAUAAACCCAUUGAGGCAACAAAGAAGACGUCGCCACUGCACACCUCAAAUCACAAGAGCGACACCUGAUAUAUUUCUGCAGAUCACCUGAUACCAUGUAGGUCCUUAGUGGCCGAGUCUCAUUAACUCCUUCAAUAUGCGCAAUAUCUAGUAUCCUGCACUCAGAGGUGUAGCUUGGUGCCAUGGUGCCCGGAGCAAGGGUCUGUUUUGGCGCCCCUCUCCCCUGUACUGAAUUGGGGGCCUGGCCAACAUGUGAUAGCAUGUUACAUUUGAAAAGAAACAAUAUUUAGAUUGGUGACAGGGUCAGUUCUAGACCUGGUAUAGCUCAUUGUAUAAAAUAAGGACAGUGUGUGCCGAAGUUAUAUUGGGGCGUGGCCACAUAAUAGUACCAAUUCAUAUUACACUGCACAGGAGUGUCCGUUACUCACAUUACAACACACAGUAGGGCUGCUUAUACACGUUACGCCACAGUAGAGCUGCUUAUUCACAUUACACCACAGAGAAGAGCUGCUUAUACACGUUAUACCACACAGAAGAGCUGCUUAAACACAUUAUGCCACAGUAGAGCUCCUUAUACAUAUUAUGCCACAGUAGAGCCCCUUAUACACAUUACACCAUGGUAAAGCCCCUUAUACAUGUUAUGCCAUGGUAGAUCCCCUCAUACACGUUACACCACAGUAGAGCCACUAUGGAAGUAACUGUAUUCAAUUAUUUACAUUUUUAAUUCAAAUAAAUGAAAAACACUAUGUAUGCCCCGACUGACCUGAUCUCUCAACCCCUCAAUCCCUUAAUGCAAAUAAUGCCCCAAAACUGCUCCCCUCCCCAGAUCUGAUAAUCUCCCAAUUUCUCCCCCAAUUUCUCCAUGAAAAUAAUGUCCCAGAAUUGCCUGAGGGGCAGAAAUAGCCGCUCUGCAGCAGCUUGAGGGGCAGGGAGAGCUCCAGCAUGUGCUGGCUGUCUGUGCCUCCUGCUAUCGCCUCUGCCUGCCCUGUUCCCUACCUAGUCUCUGAGUCCGAGUCAGUGUGCGCCUCCUCUGCUCCUCCUCCUCCUGGUCUACGGCGCGCCCUCUAACUUUUCCGGCGCCUGGAGCUUGUGCUCCACCGGAGCCAUCCUCGCUACACCCCUGCCUGCACUGACCAUUAUCCCUGCUCUGUCUGCAGUCUGUGCCCAUGUACAUAAAACAGAGGCCCUGGCGCUACACAGCAGGAUGUAGCAGAUGUGUAAUGAACAUGUGAGGCUUAUUAGUGCCAGGUCUCAUGCCAGGGUGUCCAGCCAGGAGACAGUUCCGGGGUAGAGUUGAUCUCUCUGCAGCUGGCACAAGGCUCACAGGCAAACAAAUAAUUGCCAGAUUUUCCUUCCAGGAACAUGCUGGAACAUGACUGUUAUAUAUAAUGAUUAGGGGCGAUAUAGCUCUGCAUGUGGGUGCAGUGCAGCCCUCUAGGGGGAACACAAUGGGAAAGGAGAACAAUGAUCUAAAAGGAAGGAAAACCUUUAAACCAACUUUCAUUGAAAAUGUCCCUUCCACUUGGGGUUGAGUCACAGGUGGACAAUUCGUAUUUAUGAGAGAGGAGCUAUCAUAGGCAGACACAGUGUCUAUUUAAGAAAGAAGCUGUCACAGGUGCUACAUGGGAGACUGAAGACAUCACAGGCAGAUAAGUAGUGUAUAGGAAACUGGAGCUUUUGUUGUAUGGGAGACAGAAGGUUAUUACAGGUAGAUAGGCGGUUAAUCGGAGACCACAGGACAGGUAGCACAUAAAAGACAGAAGCUGACACGCGAUGUAUGGGAGGCAGGAGUUGUCACAGACAAACAGGUGCUAUUAUGAGAGACAGAAGCUGACAGGCGAUGCAUGGGAGGCAGGAGUUGUCACAGACAAACAGGUGCUAUUAUGAGAGACAGAAGCUGACAGGCGAUGCAUGGGAGGCAGGAGUUGUCACAUGUGUUGCAUGGGAGGCAGGAGUUGUCACAGGUGCUGUAUGGGAGGCAGGAGUUGUCACAUGUGCUGUAUGGGAGGCAGGAGUUGUCACAGGUGCUGUAUAGAAGGCAGGAGUUGUCACAGGCAGACAGGUGAUAUAUGAGACAGAAGCCGACAGGCAGUGCAUGGGAGGCAGCAGUUGUCACAUGUGCUGUAUGUGAGCGAUGAGUUGUUACAGGCGGUGGCAUAUGAGAGACAGAAGCUCACUGGUGCUGUAUGGGAGGCAGUAGUCACAGGUGGACAGGUGAUAUGACAAACAGAAGCUGACGGGCGGUGUAUGGGAGGCAGGAGUAGUAACAGAUGGACAGGUGAUAUAUGAGAGACAGAAGCUGACAGGCGGUGUAUGGGAGGCAGGAGUUGUCACAGGCGGAAAGGUGAUAUGACAAACAGAAGCUGACGGGCGGUGUAUGGGAGGCAGGAGUAGUCACAGGUGGACAGGUAAUAUACUCUAUUAAAGACAGAAGGUGACAGGCGGUGUAUGGGAGGCAGGAGUAGUAACAGGUGGACAGGUGAUAUAUGAGAGACAGAAGCUGACAGGCGGUGUAUGGGAGGCAGGAGUUGUCACAGGCGGAAAGGUGAUAUGACAAACAGAAGCUGACGGGCGGUGUAUGGGAGGCAGGAGUAGUCACAGGUGGACAGGUAAUAUACUCUAUUAGAGACAGAAGCUGACAGGCGGUGUAUGGGAGGCAGGAGAAGUCACAGGUGGACAGGUGAUAUACUCUAUUAGAGACAGAAGCUGACAGGCGGUAUAUGGGAGGCAGGAGUAGUCACAGGUGGACAGGUGAUAUACUCUAUUAGAGACAGAAGCUGACAGGCGGUGUAUGGGAGGCAGGAGUAGUCACAGGUGGACAGGUGAUAUAUGAGAGACAGAAGCUGACAGGCGGUGUAUGGGAGGCAGGAGUAGUAACAGGUGGACAGGUGAUAUACUCUAUUAGAGACAGAAGCUGAUGGGCGGUGUAUGGGAGGCAGGAGUAGUAACAGGUGGACAGGUGAUAUACUCUAUUAGAGACAGAAGCUGACAGGCGGUAUAUGGGAGGCAGGAGUAGUCACAGGUGGACAGGUGAUAUACUCUAUUAGAGACAGAAGCUGACAGGCGGUGUAUGGGAGGCAGGAGUAGUCACAGGUGGACAGGUGAUAUAUGAGAGACAGAAGCUGACAGGCGGUGUAUGGGAGGCAGGAGUAGUAACAGGUGGACAGGUGAUAUACUCUAUUAGAGACAGAAGCUGAUGGGCGGUGUAUGGGAGGCAGGAGUAGUAACAGGUGGACAGGUAAUA